CUGCACUGAUGUGUCAAGCCAAGCCAAACCAUGGAGACACUUCUUCUUCACAUAGUCAGUCAGCUCGUCAGCUCUAGCCGUAUGCACAACCACCUCCUCUCUCUUAUCGCAUCAGUCAAUCAAUCAUCAGCAUAGCCAACCGAACAAAAUCCCCUCAACUCAAACGAGGGGUUCAACCUACAACAUCCAUCGCUGUCUGCCCAUCUAUCUAUCAGCCCCCCUGUGACUCAGCCGAACUGGACAGCGGCGUCCGCAGGAACGGCGGUGCGGGUCCGUUGGUGCUCUCGAACUGCGCCCGGUCGGCGGGCGACGAUCGGCUGGUGUAUGGCGACGGCGCGGGGCUCUGUCGGCUGGCGGGUCGGAUGGAUGGGGGAGGGGGGCUGGUGGUCGCCAGCAUGAGAUCCUUCCGGGCCCAGUGGCGCGUCACCCAAGGAAAAAACGGCCUGCACAAAAACAGGGGGGUGGGUGCGUUAGGACAGGAAAAGGAUGUUAUGUUGUGGUUCUCCGUUGCGCUGCCCUGCUGUGCUGUGCUGUGCUGUGCUCACGUGACAUUUUCUACGAAAUCCUGGGGCGCUUCCUCGUGCGGCAGAUGGCCACACCGACCCACAAACACCAAGUGGUGGCGAACCUACAAAAAAGAAAGCACGGAGAAACGAGGGGCACUCGCGCGUCCGUCAUGCCCUGAUCCAUAGGGGCGGGGGCUGCUAGCAUGAUACCUGGUGUUUGGCUAGCUCAGCUGAUAGUGUCAUGACCUCGCCCCUGGGCACGAUGCGGUCCGCCUCGCCGUGCACUAUCAUCAGGGGCACGUCCAUCGACUGACGUACCACGUCAUGAGACACAUACAGAGUCACUCAGAGAAAAAGAGAGUCAUUCAGCCAGAGAGUCUGCUGUGUGUGCGUAGACAUACCGUGAGUGAGUGUAUGCGCUCGAAGACCUUGAGCGGCUUAGACUGACGAUUCAGCUCAAACAGCGCCGUUCCCCAAUCCUUCAGCUGCACCACACACACACACACACACACCUCUGCCCCAUCCAUCCACCCACAGAGUGCAUGUGGCUGGUUGGGCCGACCUGACCUGCAUGGGUCGCUUGUAUCCCUCUUGUAUGGCCGGGGUGAGGUGUUUGAGGUCGCUCCAGGCCUUCUUGAGCAUGAAGUCGCCCAACUCGCUACGCAGCAUGCUCAUCGUCAGCGACCGCCCUAUCUUCGUGUUGAACACGCUCUUGACAAACUGCGGCACGCCCUCGGUGUACACGGCCGGCGAUAUCAGGAUGAGCCCCUUGAUGCGCUCGGGGCACCGCAGCAGACACUCCAACGCUAUCGCAGCACCGGCCGAACACCCCACCAGUAUCACAGGCAUCUGCUUCCCCCCUCCCUCUCCCUCUCCCCCAUUGCCCCUCUCGUCGUAGGGCGGGUAGCUCUGGGGCGGCACUGCUACUGCGGCAGGGGACGUGUCAUUGGCUGCUGGCCGGGCGGACGGCGGUGCGGUGGCCGUGGUGGUUGUGGCGGGUGGGGGUGGUGAGCCGCCGGAUGUGCUGCGUGGGGAGUCGAGCGGGGAGGGGGACAUGGCACUGAUGUUUGGCAGGGUCUCCUGACUGAAGAGGUGGGCCAGGGCGAUCGUCAGCUCGACGGCGUACUGCUCGGUGUACGGGCUGUACUCUUGCUGCACACAGACGCAAUCAAGGGGGGAGGGAACGAAGACACGCAUGAGAUGAGUGCUGGUGCAGUUGUCAGCCCACGGUGUGUACCUCUGGCUUGUGCGGCAGUGUCGUCGUGGUGUCUGCGGGCGGCCGGGACGUGAACCCGUGCGCUACACUGAAACAUACAGCAGGCAACGGUUAGGGGUGAGGUAGAUAGAGGGUCACACAACCACCAGCAAGAGGGCUGAGGUUCGUUGUAUCACCUACCGAUCGAAGGCGACGACUCGUCCGAACUCCGACAGCGGCUGCAAGACGUGGCGCCAGGUGAAUGUGGACGCGCCGAAGUGAUGCAGCAGCAGGAUGAGGAACUUGUCCGCCGUUGGAGGUGUCCUUGGCGGGUACGUGGCGGACUCCCCGCCCCCAGCACUAGCACCGCCCACCUCACCCUCACAUAUCUUGUAAUGCACCUUCACCUGGCACACACACACACACCAAAUGGAUGUGCAAACAACCGCAUUCUCUUUCUCUCUCUCUCUUUCUCCCUACCUGUCCGAUCUUCAGGUAGUGUGAGUCUGGGUCAGGGUAGUUGGGCGCACCCGACACGGACCCCUGAUGCGAGUUGGGAGUCGCUGCUGCUGGGGGUGGCGGCUGUGGGACGGCCGUCUCGGGCGCCGAGCCCUCAGAGGCCGCGUCGACACGAAUGGCAGGUGCUAGCGAUGGGAAGGGCGGCUGUGCGGGGACCGGGAAGCCAUUCCUGCGAUCGUCAUACGGCGCCUUCGCCAGCAGGGGCUGGUCCACCUGGGCGGUGGCGGACGCGGCCUGCAAAGGCUCUGACGCAGCACCCUCCUGGUCGUGAAAAAGGGACGUCUGACAGAACACCACAGACCCAACCACGCCCGCAUUCACCACACCAUGUGGAGUGAUCAUGCCCUCUCUCGCUCAGCGCCUUAACGGACCCUGAAUGAUGAUUCGGUGCCGGCGACAUCCCUUGCGUGUGCGUGCAGCAGGAAGGUCCGGUCGUGCCACCAGAGUUUGCGCUUCCUCCUGCGCUCCUCGGAGACCCAGAUGGCGCCGAACUCGAGGCAGAUGAGGAGUGUCUGGCAGGUGAGGAAGACCAUGUACAUGGCGUCGGUGUAGUUGAAGACGUACUUGAAGAUCGCCACCACCUGACCCCGGGCACCACCCGGUGAUUCCACACAAGUACGAGACAGUGAGAGGGAUGUGUUGGUCGGUGUGUUACCAGGGACAAAAUCGUCACGAUGCCCACCGACAGCUCCACGGCUAUCCCCUGGCUGCGGCGGUAGUGGAAGGCGAUGUUCAAGACCAUGAUGCGAACGACCGACAUGAUCAGCAAAUCCAACACUGACACACGCACACACACACAACAUAAUGCUUAUGCUGUGCGCCUGAACGGCCCCUUUGAUGCCCUGCCCAUGCCCCUGACCAGUCUUAGAGCUUAUUUCCCAGGCCGGGAAGAGAACGGAUGCCCGUGUCAGGACCGACACCGUCAGGAUGAGGUCGAUGAUGGAGAGCACCACGGGGAGCCGCAGGGAUACGAAGUAGCAGCAGCACUGACCCACGAACCAGCUCGUGUAGCAGCAGCUGAUGCACUGGCCCAUCGCAGCGACGGCUUUCUGAAACGCUGCAACCAGGACUUGCUCAAGAGAGCAACCUUGCUGCCAGCUUAAGCUCCCUUUCCCUUGAUGAUUGUGGU